AUGGAACUUAGCGACGUGAAACUGGCUGCAGAGGUACUUCCUUACGUUGUAUCCUGUUGCGCCGUAAGCGUCGGCUACAAAGCUGCAAAAGGUCUUCUGAAUCAAGUAAGAAGACUCGAUGAUGUGGAGAAACGAAUCGGCACGGUCGAGCAAAAAGUGGAACAAACCCACAAGAAAAUCGGCUACCUUUUUUCUGAUAGAAAAUCGCUCAAGGACAAGAUCGAUCGAACCGGAGAUUCGAUGAGAAACAGCAGCCUGAACAUGAUGAAGAAAUUCACCCAUUACGACAAAAUGAUCGCUACGAGCACGAAUAUUGCGACAUCUUCUUCUGAUCUUUCGAAAGAUCGACUCCGAGAUAUGGAUAAGCGCAUUGCUGCAAUUGACGCAAAAGCGAACGAAAUUCUCGCUCGACAACGAGAAUAUCCCGGUCCUAGCACUCCAGCACCUUCUUCAACUACCCUUUCCGAGCAGAACUCAGAAGAGGAAUCCGUCGAAAUCGUCGAAGUCGAGGAAGAAGUGAGCGAGCGGUCUUGUCUCUCAGGCGAUAGCAUCAUUCUUCACGGCAAGUCCACAAAGUACGAAACCCCAAGAUCCUCCCGUGUCGAAGGAGAGCUGAUUUUCGGCAGUGGAGAUGCUUCAUUUUCGUCGAUUCCCCUUCCUUCUGGCAAUCCCCAAAGGAAGACUGAAAGGGAACUGACUCUGACGAAUUCUGAGUUGCAGAGGAGAAGACAAAGUGAAAUUGAUGAAAAAGAUGCUGAGUUAGCAGUAGCGAUGAAAGAAAAAGAAACCCGCGCCAAGGAAAUCGACGAGCGGGAGACUCAAUGGGAAAUCGAAAAGUCAACGCUUUCAGAAGCUCUUGCCAAAGCUCAAAUUCUCCUCCAGCAAGAACGAACUAAAAGUUCGGAGGCUCAAUCACAGGCGAGAACGUUCAAAACUGGCAUGGAACGGAUCCAAGUCGAAUUUGAAGAAUACAAGGUCAAGUCGCAGCGAAUUCUUCAAUCGAAGAAGAAGCUCAUCGAAUCGCUGAAAAAUUCUGAUCCAAAUGCGCAAAAAGAAGAAUCGGAAGUUUCUUCUGAAAACCAGGCUCGCUGCGUAAAACUAGAAGAGCUUCAACAUGAAAAUGAUUUGCUAAAGGAUGAAAACAGAGCAUUCGCAACUCAAAUUCAAGACCUACGCGCAGAUCUCCAGCAAGCUGAGUCUCAAGCAGCUGAGGACUUUGAACAAUCCAUGACGCGCUAUAGCGAGAUGGAAGUCAAUUUCGAGCACAGUCAGCAGAGGCUGAAUGAAGUUACGCCAGAGCUAGCGCGGCUGAGGCUAGAACUAGGGCAGAGCCAGCGCGAGAAUGACGCAGCUAGACUUGAGCUGAGCAGACUGACGGCUGAAAAAGAUCGUGAGAUCGGCCGACUGAGGAGCAAAGUCAUGUCGCACGCGUCAAACGCAGAGCUGGAAAAGAGACUGAGAGCGCUGACAGAUACGCUGAUUGAGAAACAAACGACAAUUGAGGCACUUUCGUCCGAUAAAUCAGCUCUUUCGCUGGAGUUGGAAAGGACGAGAAUGCGAUCCAAUCACACACAAAACAGUUCGCCAGUCGUUCGAAAACGCGGUCACGUGGAAAUCGACGCCGAAUCCCUCAUCACCGACUCUACCGACGACGCCGUCGGGAAAAUUAAACGCGCUGUUGGAGCUCUCGAUAAACUAUCAAUCCGAAUUGGUGUUCUUUUGAAGCGGUAUCCAACAGUCAGACUCCUCGUGCUCGUAUACAUGAUCAUGCUCCACGUCUGGACAAGCGUUGUAUUGGUGACUUAUGAACCUGAACUUCACGGUUCCAACUACCCAACGCACCCAGAAAAUCCUCACGAAGCAAUGAACGCCAUUUUACCAGAUGAACCUGAUGAGGGACUUCUUGACUGA